CAACUACAAGACUUCCUUCGUGAAGCCGAAACUUUAGCCGGAGAGUCCUCUUCAGCAUUUGACGUCCCUAUUACGGCCCAAUUCACUCAGCGACGCAGUGGACCUCGUGGACGUGGAGGACGUGGACGAGGAGGUCGAUCUGCUGACGUCUCUCCAACCUAUAAUCAAAAUAACAGUGCUCAUCAAUUUGGAUUUGGUCAAAACUCCAAUUCUGGUCACAAUUAUAAUUUUGGUCACAAUCCUUUUGGUGGCCAAAAUUCUCGCAAGUCUGUUAUGUGUCAAUUAUGUGACAAACCAGGACACUCUGCAAAAACUUGUUACAUUCGUAACUCCAUCCAUCCUACUGCCAACCUUGCCAAUGGAGGAGGUGAUGCCUUUUCUAAUAAUAAUAAUUGGCUUCUUGAUACAGGCGCAACACAUCAUAUCACGUCUGAUCUCAACAAUCUGCAUGUUCACUCCGAUUAUAUUGGUGAUGACUCUGUGGCAAUGGGUGACGGACCUAACAACCGGGGUAUCCUUGGCCCGCGGCCGGAGUAAUAAUAAUCUUUACACAUGGUCAUCCUCUCCCAAGGCUCUGAACGCAACAUCUCAACUCUGGCAUCAACGCCUUGGUCAUCCAUCUUCUUCCACACAACAUCUAAUAAAACCCAGUCAAACAAAAGUUUCACCAUGUGAUGCGUGUCUUCAAGCCAAAAGUCACAAACUUCCGUUUUCUACUUCUUCAAUAAAAUGUACUCAUGCAUUUGAAUUUAUUUAUUCUGAUGUAUGGGGUCCAUCCCCAGUUUCAACAUUUAAUAAUACUCGUUAUUAUGUUAUUUUUGUGGAUUACUACACCAAAUAUACUUGGUUGUUUCCAUUAAAAAGCAAAUCCGAUGUAUCUCUUGU